GGAGGGGCCUGAGGCCUGCGCGGGAGCUCUGAGGCGGCCGGCCCGGCCAUGGCCGAGGCGUAUUUCCCGGUGGGCCCCGGGUUGGGCCUGGAGGAGAAUUACCUGUCGCUGGACGAUAUUCUGAUGUCGCAGGAGAAGCUGCCGGGCCGCGCCGAGAGCACCCUGCCGCGCCUGGCCUUCGCGCUGGGCCAGGGGGCCGCCGCCGCCGACUCCAUCCCUGAGGGAACCAAGCUGGAAAUACCUCUGUGGCUUGCUAAAGGUCUACAUGACAGCAAAAGAAGGAUCAUUUCAGUGGAGCUGCCAAAGAUUUACAAGGAAGCCUGGAGGACCGUGUUCAGCGCUGAUGCCAAUGUGGUCGAUCUGCAUAAAAUGGGGCCAUACUACUAUGGGUUUGGCUCCCAGCUCCUCAACUUUGACAAUCCAGAGAAUCCUGAGAUAGCUCAGACUAUCCUGCAGACGUUUAUUAGCCGUUUCCGCCGGAUCAUGGACUCCUCCCAGAACGCCUACAACGAGGACACGUCCGUGCUGCUGGCUCGGCUGGAUGAGCUGGAGCGAGCCUUGUUUCGAGCUGGCCAGAAAGGGCUCAAUGACUUCCAGUGCUGGGAAAAAGGACAGGCUUCUCAAAUCACAGCUUCCAGCCUGGUCCAGAAUUAUGGCAAAAGGAAGUUCACAGAUGUGGAUAGCUAAAAGCCUGCAGAACGUGCAGCUGCACUGGGGGGACCCCCAGAGAUCUGCAGUCACAGAAGAGAAGGAUGAAUCAGCUGUGGGGAAGGACAGGCUCCCUGAUCAGCCAUGGGAAUUCUUCUCUCUGUCAUCUUUGGAUCACUUUAAAGGCAGAUAACAAGGGCAUAAAAAACCCACUGGAUAGCUUCACAGCUCCCUCCUACCACUGCAGAGGAUUUGCAGUGAAAGAGUCCUCUAGAUGGGUGAAAGGGUACAGGAGGCUCUUCUAGAAGGAACAAUACUUAUUCUCCCUUAUUUCCCAGUUUGAUAUUUCCAAUAUCAGGUCUGCAUCUUGCCCAUCUAUGUAUUUCCUCUUGCCUUUCCCACCCCAGCCUCCUGGGAACAACUGUUUCCAGUUCCCCUGUUCUUUGGAGAGUCCUAACGAUGUGGAAAAAAAUGGUACAUGAUCCACAUAGAACUUGUCCUGUUUCAUGCACAUCAAGGUGGAACAGGGGCUCUGUGAGGCAGGAGUGUCUCAGUUUCUUUGCAGACUUCUGUGCAUAGUAUUAGUGCCCCAGGGAAAAAUACCUCCUAAAACCCAUGUGGUAAGUGAAGUGUCUGAAUAGCUCUUGUGUGCUGCCUCAUCCUCUUCUCUCCCUUUCAGCCCCUGUGGGCUUGAUGCUGCACAGGAUGGAGAAUGUCCUCAUGGGAAGUGAGUGGCUUUUUGCCAUGGAUGUGGCUCUGUGAUGGGUGUUAAAUUCCUCCACUUGUUUUACAGAGGAGGCAACAAAGAGUGAACCUGGGCUGGGUCAGAAGCAGAGUCUGUAAUGGAAACUAUCCCCCACUCUCAACCUCUGAGCCAUCUGCUUUCCCAUUACAAGUUCUUCUGGUUAAUGAAUUUGCUUAGUAGAAGGGACUUGGCUAAUGAACUGAGUUUCCUUCAUUCUGAUCCAUCUACAUGAUCCUAGCAAAGUGAUCUGAGUAAAUGUCAGUAGGGGGGUCUGGGCUUGCAGCUUGCUAAACUGUGCAGUGAUGGUGGGUGCCCCUAAACCCAGAUGAUCUGAAAGCCCCUUGGAUUCGAGACUGAGAACAGGUGGUUGUUUCUGUAGGCUGUUCCCAUGGCCAUCAGGGUGGUUGUCCUUUGGAAGCAGAUAUUGGACAUCUCAGGGGUGCUUGGGAGCAUCUGCAGAAUGUGGAGCUUGCAGAGUACCUGAGUGGAGGGGAUGGAUCGUCACGAUACCGAGCGCUUCGUCCUCUCUGGGAUUCCCUGGGAGGUGACCAGGAGAUGCAGAUCUUGGAGGAGCUGUUUCUGGACUUGCAGAUGCACCUGGAUAGUGGAUACUUUACACUGAGAACCUCAAGGCCAAAGGGUUUGUGGCCAUGUCUUGGCUCUGCCUCUGGAAGCAGUGAGAGGGGACAGCUUCUUGUCUUCGUGCACACUGUGGCCUCUCCCCCUCAGCUACACAGGGCUGGCCAGUCUGCCCCAGGAGACUCACUGGGAGCUGUGCCUUACAAAGUGCUUUAAGUACCUGCAAGAUCAGAUGCUGCUGCACUUAAUGGCUUAAUGGCACAUAACAGCCUGUGCAUGUUCAUGAAGCUUUUGUCUAUUGUCCAUUUGUGGAUUUUUACAUUGAAUAAACAUUUUGUAAGGGGACACUGGUAAUGUCAAAUGUCUGGUGCUAAUUGCCCUGCAAGCAGGAACAUUAGUGGUGGUUUGGAAAGUGCAGCACUGUGGCUGUGAUGGAUAAUGCAGCCCUGCUUCUGGCAUCCCCCUUCUCUUGCAGGGAGUGCAGCCAGGGGAGCUGCAUUCGUGCUGUCAUGCCCGUGUAGGGGUAGUUUCUGUCUGAGCCCUCGUGGGUGAUAGCUGUGUGCUGUCAGGGGAGGGCCACUGCCAACCAGGCAGCAAGCUCCUGCUUUUAUACAUUGCCUCUUUUUGUUGUGAACAUCUUGUGUUUACUAAGAGGUGAUUCCCCAUCACCUCAGCUUUGUGGGAGAGUGGUUGGUGAGGGGUGGAAAUUGGCCGCCUCUGUAUUCAUACCCUGCUGCCCCCAGUGCUGUAGCACAGACUUCAUGCAGCGUGGCAGCAGCACCCUGUCAGUGCUUGAGCUGCAAGUUCAAGUCCAUCUGUGAUGAGGAAGGAUUAUUUUUGAUGAGGUGGUGGAGCUGAGGUCUGGUUGGUUUAUAACCCACUAGCUCAUGGGUUUCUGGGCUGGUUUGGGUGACUGUCCAAACUCCUUGUCCUACAUUUGUAAGAACAUUCUUCUGCAGAAUCCCCACAUCUGGUUGCUCACUUGCCAGCAUUUGGUGCAGCUGCUUUCAGAGUGGGGAGAAAAAGCAUCCCUGAAGCUGUCCUCAAAGUCACUGGCUUUUGCAAGUAGGCAAUGUCACUUUAGUAACCCUGAGCAUUGAGGAAUAAACAGCAGUAAGACCCUUGAAA